UCAUAUGGGUAUCUUUAAAUGGUUAUAACAGGACUUCCGCAUUUAAACAAAUGCAGAUUGAAAGAACGCAGAUGUACAUGUUGUAUUAACUCAUCACUCUGAUACACAAAUAAUAUCGUCAACAUUUGGACUACGUACUAUGGCCCAGCUUAAUACCGGCAACGAGAUUUUAGUAGAUGUUGAUGAACUACAACGGCAAUACAAAAUCACUACCGGUGUCAAUGAAUGCUUUUCUAAAGAAUUCCAAACAUGGAAGAUGAAACAAAAGAAUAAAGCUAACCCUGACUAUUUGUGUCUAGCAGUUUUUGCAGUUUUCUUUUUUUUCCCGUUUGGAAUGUGUGCCACAUACUAUGCAAACAGUGCAAACAAAAGCAGGCAAUGUGGAAAUUAUGAAGAAGCCAGGGAGAAGAAUCAUACGGCUAUUGGUUUGAUUAUUGCAGCUUAUAGUUUUGGAGUUAUUGGUGCCUUCAUAAUAGGAGCGAUGCAUCUUACAUAAUAAAAACCAUCUUGUGGAGAAAACAUCAAAUUAUAUUAUAUUAUAAUUUUGAUUUUUGUUUUAAAUACUUCAGUUUAUAUUCAUAAACAUAUAAUCGUAGAUAAAGUUUGUUUUGCUUAUUAUCUAUAGUGGAGCAUCAAAAUUUAAUUAUUGUUUUUCAAAUAUGGAACUGUAUACUUGCUUUUUUUUAAAUCCAGGUGAGCGCUUCAGACGUAUGAAAUUUUGACCCUGUUGUUUUCAUUCUUUAGUUAUAACACAUCGUAAUAUUCAGUUUUAUUUAUUUUGCUAAUUUUUAAUUCUCAAUCACUUAUAUGUAAUUUUAUGACACACGAAAUUUUACUCAAUUUGAUCUAGAAAUGAUUGAUUUUUUUUGAUUUUUUUUAAUAAAAUAAAUCCUUUUUUGCACAUUUCUCUGCUGUUUACAACUUACUCGACUCACAGCAUUCAGUCGAGUAUCCCUGUAAAUUAGUUACUGUUUAACCAGGGAGAUUAUACAGUAAAAAUAUUAGCUAUUUAUUAUGAUUAGUUAUACAAUAAUAAUAUAUAAAUACAUUGAUUUUGUCAAUUUGUUUGAAAUGAUUGAUUGACGACUCUUUUUUUUACAAAAUCUCGUCAAAUAACACUUAUGUUCACGUGGUUGAGGAUAGCACACUCUAUAAGUAUCAGAUUUUAUAUUGUCGCGAGCAUGUGUUCCAUGCUGGCAAGCUACACACAGAAGUGUUUUGAAAGCGUGUGAUUUGUGAUUCCUACAUAUCAUAUGAUAUUUACCCGGUCCAUUCACCAUGCUUUACCUCUUUCAGUUGUUAUCCUAUUAUACCUGCAUUAUAUCGGAACUUAUUUUUCUACUACACAUAACUAUUUAUCUGAGACCAAAUACGUGCUGAUUGUAUUUACUUUGUUACAGCGCUAAAAAACAAAGCGUUAAUAGAAAUCGCGACUUGGUCAGUUCUAAGACACUGAAGAGAACAUAUCAUUAAAAAUCUUUCAAAAACAGACAGAUAACAGUUAAUUAAAUUUCGAUGUAUGUUUUUUAAUGAAUAUUUUGAUAAAGAUACUAAACAAUUCUAGGGAUCUUUAAAGUAUAUACCACAAAAUAACUCUUUCAUAUUGCAAAAGUAUCAAAACAUUUGCCCUUUUUACACUUUACACAAGCAUGCCAUAUUCUAAACACCUCAAAGACAAAUAGAAAGAGUUGGUCCUGUUUUGAUUCAUACAUAGGAAUGGCGUCCGUAAAACUUCUAAGGAUGGAUUUCAACUUCCUCUAAGAGAUUUCAAUAGGAAGUGCUAGCUCAAAAAUUUUAUAUAGCGGGAAAUAUUUAUAUAAUUGCAGACAGUUGUUUGUCUUUUUUGUAGUUUUUUUUCAUAUUUUGACAUUUCGUUUUUAUUUCGGUUUCGAAUUUUUAGCUUUAUUAUAAUCUCUUACUUACAUUCUGCCCCUCUCCUCGAGAAUGCCAAUCUAACAAACUUUAACCUACGACACAACACUUUAUUGGUUUACCGUUAUUGAAAACCUGUGCCACAAAUGGCUAGGCCAUAUUCAAAUUGUCAUAGCAUCACAAAACGCGUCUAACAGACGAUUUAGGACUUGCAAUUAGAACACGAUGAGUGUCAACAAGUUACUGUUCUGUGGUCGGGUUGAUGUUUC